AUGUCGAGAAAUUGUCUUGACGGCAGGGAACCUUCACCGGCUUCUGUAAAGUGCAAGCACCCCGUUUCAGAGCUCCUGUUACGAUCAGCUUUGAGCUGGCAUGGCCAGUCGAAGCUUCGGAUUCAGGUUGCAGCUCUAUUCAACAACACCUGCAUGGACCGACUGUAUCCGCAGGCCUGGUGGUCAUCACCGACCGUGGAGUCGGAGCCAGGAUCUUCCCCAAAGCCUCCAGUGGGCUUCAUCGUGGAUGCUCCGCAGCAAUGGCUGCCAACCUACCUGCUGAAGCUUCGAGGGGCUGGUAAUCGUGGCCCAGCGCCAGUUUCGUACGCUCACACUUGCUUCAGCUCCCUGGCGGCUUUUGCUUACAUGCUGUCGGUGGCUUCGCUCAAUGAUUUAUUGGGCUGGACUCCGGCAGCGUUAGUCGGACCAGCGGCAGCCUCUGUGUCGGUCUUCAGCGACUGGCGAGGCGCCAGCUCGCAGCCCUGGCCCUGCGUCGUCGGCUGCGUGCUGGGCGCUGCCUCCGGAUCGCUCUUCCUCCUCGAAGCGAGCGAGGGCGGCUCUGCUUUCGCUGGGCACUUGUGGAUGCCAGCUGCCAUGGCUGUGGCCUUCUCUGCAGCACUUCAAGAGCUCGCUUUUGCCAAGAUCCCUGCAGGCGGCUCUAUCGCCUUGAGCAUCAUCGUGAUGCCAGAAGCUCGCAGACUGGGCUGGAGCUUCGUCCUACAGCCUGGUGUGCUCAGCACAUGCCUCCUCGUGAUCUACGGAGCGUUGCUGAACAACCUGCAGGAAACAAGGCUCUAUCCUCGUCAUUGGCCGUGGCAGCGUGCUACUCCCGGAUUGCCCCAGCAAGGAUAUUCCGAAAGGGUUCUGCAGAGGCAUCGUUCUGAAGUUGAGAAGACACCCUUCAGCGCGCUCGCCAAGACCAACGUGGGUUUGCUGAUGGUCCUUUCGCAGAUUAUUUUCCUGAUAUUUCUCAUGUUUGCCGAACUCGACAAGACGUCCGUGGAUGUGGUGGAGAAAUUUGACCACGUUGCUGGGCUGUCCUUGCUGACCGUGGUCGGUCUUGGCUUCAUGAGGGCCUUCGCCAAAGCGCAUGGCUUAGGAGCCGUCGCUUUCUGCCUGGUGAUCACGUCCUUAGCCAUACAGUGGUCCAUGGUGCUGGAAAGUCUCCUCAACCAGACAGUGUUGAGCAUUGGCUUAGACUCGCUUUCGUCCGGGUAUUUUGCUGGCGCGACUGCACUUGUCUCCUUUGGAGCAUUGAUUGGCAAGGUCAGCCUCCGGCAAAUCUUCAUGGUUUUGCUGAUAGAGUUACCAUGCUACUGCUGGACCAGAAAUGGUGGGCUCUCGAGGGACCGCGUGCCACACGCGCAUCCUGAUGGCCUUGAGGGCCUUCAGAUUCAUCUCUUCGGAGCUUUGUUCGGCUACUCGGCAGCGUGCCUACUGGGCCCCUUCGAGAUGGACUGGCUGCACCAGGGCAGCUAUGGUCUGGACCUGGUCUCUCUGUUGGGCACCCUCUGCUUCUGGAUCUGCUUUCCGAGCAUCGGCUACGGCUCCCGGACGCAGCAUGCACACAUCAUCGUCGUCUUGGCACUGCUGGGCUCCACAGUUGCAGCCUUCGUUGCGGACUCGCUCUGCGAUUCUGGAAAGCUGAGCGUCGCAUGCAUCCGCACAGCGGUCCUUGCCGGAGGCAUCGCAAUUUCUGCAGUGGCGGAGACGGUGGAUCCCGGACUUGCAGUGAUGGUCGGGUCCAUGGCCGGCGCCAUUUCUGUGCUGGGACUUCGGUUCUUGUCACGCAGCAGCGUGGACACAUGUGGUGUGCUCUUCGCCCACGGUAUGCCGGCUCUACUUGGUUGGAUCCUUUACGCAUCGCCGCUGCUGCAGAACAGCGCAAAAGCCCCUGAGAACCCAGCACUUCAGCUCAGCAGACUCUGCAGCUGUGCGGUGACAGCCAUUCUCUCGGGCUGCUGCUGUGGCUACUUGCUGCGGCGCACACGGUCGGAGAGUCAGGAUCUUGCUACUUCAGAUGAGGCAAUCUGGGUUUGUGCCGAGGACAUGCCGCUGGGCUCCGCGACCUAUAGGCUAGAAGAGCUAGGGGCCACCCGAGCGAUCGGGCAGCCAUGGUGGAAUGGCAGGCAGAUCUCAAGUUACAAGGACCGAUCGACCAUCGCGGCUUUCAGAACGGCCUUUGCAUGGCGGCACAGCUCCACGAGCACGCACGGGCGGAGGACGCCAUCGGAAACUGAUGCCAAGAAGCGUCGGAGACGGCGAGGGGAGGCCCUGCGGUUCGACCUCGCCCGGCCUUACUCGCGGCAGGAGAAGGCUGAGGUGCGAGACGAAAUCGCGGAAGCUCUUUCCACGCUGCCUGAAAGACCGCCAAAGGAUGGACAAGAGUCGAUGGAUCCCGCAGAGCUACGUCUGAAGUCCAAGGUGGCCUUGCUUUGUGAUCUUCGGCCCGAUGCGGGUCCGGUGGAGGUUGCUCAGGUCCUGCGACGUACACGCGACUGCUACGAAGCGGCCGAGCGUGAGGCCAAGGAGGAGUGUGGACGAGGAAUCUCCCUUCAGUUUCGCCGGUGGGCUGCCCAGGAGAGCGGUCUAGCAGCGGUGCUGCGGCGCACUCUGCAGUUGCGUCGGAUGCUCGCUCCUCAGGCGCUGGCAGACGGGGCGUGCCUGGCUUUGGCUCUUCUUCCAGCCACUGAUGCGAACGCAGCGGAAGCUCUCCUGGAGGCUCUGGCACCUCAUGCGGUUGCUGUUCGCAGAGAUCUUCCGUCUGUGCUGGGAGCUGCGAAUGCUGUCGGAGGAUUGCCAAGUGCAAGUGGGUUAUUGUGUGCCCUUCUUGCAGAGCUGGCUGAAAUGGGUCCGACGUUACAAGAACAGGAGUUGUUUGAGGUCCUUGAUGUCCUUGGAAGCCACGUAGGGGAGGUGGAUCCUGCAAUCGUGGAAACCUUCGUCGAGUCAUUGAGGUAUGUUUGGCCACUAUGUGGGAGCCGCACGCUCAUCAAGGCCUUGCUCGCGCUUGGCCAGGCCAAUGCCCUCGAUGUGAAGACUUGCCGCUUGAUCUUGGCAGAGCUGGAGGCUCGCAGUGAGUUUAUCGGCCGGGCCGAUCGCGAGGCGCUGCUGCUUCUUCUGGCCUUGCACAAGAGCGCGUUCGAUCGCACUGCUGUGGCUCUGGGGCUGCCGCAUCCACUGUAUGACGAGGCUGCCAAGAAGCUUUUGAAGGAGCUGUCGAAGGAUGCUGCUGCUCAGAUCAGCGCUUUGCCCAUGGAGAACUUGUCUCGUCCUGUGUUGGCCAUGGCUGAGCUUGGCUUCAUGAGCCGCCGAGCUUUGCAGAGCCUUGACGAACGCCUGAAGUCAGGAAGGCUUUUGUCCUUGUCACCUGCUGCCUUCGUGUCGCUCGCCUAUGCUACGCGCUUGGUGCGCGGGCCAGUUCCUCGAGAGGAGUUGCGGCUUCCGCUCUGCCUGGCCUUCGGUGCCCUGCUUCAUGGCAUGGAGCCGAAACAGGUGGCAAGCUGCAUCGAAAGCUUGAAGGGCUACAGCUACAAGGCAUAUCGCCACGUUUUCGAAGCAGCCUAUGCUCGCUUGGCGUCUGCCCUCGAAAGCCAGGCUGCAGGCCUGGGUGACCAGCGGCCAUGGGCCAUACUCACACCAGCGGAGGCAGCUGCAGCGAUCAAAUCGUUCCCAGAGCUGAAGUUCGAGGAUUCGCUGCUUUUGCUUCGCAUGUUGCGAGCACUGAGCCCAUCCCCUCUUCAAAGCAGUCCAAGGCGCCUGGCAUCCCCCGAAUCUGACGGCAGAGGAGCUGUGUAUCCGUCCACAGAGCCGGUACUUCAACUUCAUCAACCUACGGGAAUGCUGGCGAGGAUGGGCAUGGUGGAGCUGGUGGACAUCCUUGAGGCCUUCGGCCAACAGGGCCUCAUCGGCUGUGGAGCAGUUGCUGAUGCGAUUGUGGCCAGAUACGGCGCCAACGGGGGAAGACUGUCACGGCGCAACACAGCCCGAGCCACUCUGCUGGCAGCAAUGCAGCUUGGAGAACGGGAGACAGAGCUGGUGGAGCUUCUGAUUGCCGAGUUGGAGGGCUGGGAGGUGCAGGACCCUCAUGGCACAGAUCUUCGACCACGGCCUGCUUUGGUGGCACUGUGGUCACUCUGCGCACUGAAUUUGGUGCCAAGGGCGGCGGCAAGUGUGGAUUGGCUGCUGACCUUCCUGUGUCGCGAGACAGUUGCGACGCCACAUGCCCAGAGGGUCAUUUUGUAUGUGCUGGAAAUCCGAAGCCAGGCUUUGCUGCUCUUCGCUUCCCUCGACGCGGUCCGCUUAGUUGUGCCAGGAGUUGCAGCCAGGCACCUGCAAGCUCUGCAGGCGAGCCAUUCUCCUGUCGCAGAGCAGGUGCUGCUGGAAGUCGGGCGUCCAUUGCGGAGUCCGCAGGAGCUGCUGUCGCUCUCGGGUAGUCCGGAGCCAACGUUGCUCGAGAGCCCCGAGGAUGAUAAGGACAAGCCGGCGGCUUUGGAGCUCCUCAGCCUCGCCGACUCCGGAGCGAUAGAGGACAGGGACAGUGCGAUGGACACGACAGACAGCGGAGGCCACAAUGUCCGGUUAAUCAGUCCCUUGAAGCAUGGUGCAUGUGUCCGUGUGCUUUUACUGCAGCUUCAAGUAUUCCAAGGUCGCUCUCUACUCGAUGAGCUGGCAAUUCGGUGGGAGAUGGCCCGACGAAAAAAGGAAAGCGAGGGUCUGUCAAAAGCGAAGCAGCUGCUGGGCUCAGUCUUGGCUGCUUUGAAUACGGCACAGCUACUGCGAGCUGCUCCGCAUCCAUUGGGCCGUCUCGCAGCCGAGACAGCACGUGGCAGUGGCGGCUUCGAGCUCCGGUGGCCUGCAGGCUGCUACGAUGUGGACUGGGGGCAUCCGUUCUUCCGGCUGGGUAUUCUGGUGCUCUCGCAACGGGACUUUGUCCUGGAGGCCUCUGCAGGCUCCAUUUGGACGACCCCGCGACUCCGUGCCUCUUCUCGCUUGCGUGUGCAGCAGCUGCGAGAGGAGGGGUGGAGGCUGGUACUCCUUCGUGCAGCAGCAGUAGAUGCUUGGAUCGUGCCAUUCCGUGAAGAUCCAGAUCUUUUCAGCGAGACAUUACAGGCGCGGGUCGUCCGUGCCAAUGCGCUGUACCCCCUGGAAGUAAGGGCUUUGAAGAAGAAGCUGCGGAGGUCCGUGCGCGACGAGGUGCAUGACAGCGAGCUGCGGGAACAAAUUGUUCAGCAGGUGCUGCAACAAUUGGAUUUCAUUUUUCCGGAUGGACUGGUUUCAGGAGCAGGCAGCGUGGGGCAGCAAGAAGUUGCCAGCAGUGCCAUCCAGCUGGAAGGGGGCAAGAAAGAUCGCCAGCACAGCCCAAGUGCCGCCGAAGGGCCAGCAAGCAGCUGCAUGAGACGACACCGCAGCUGUUUCUAG